AUGCCGCAGCUGCCCUCGCAGAACGCUCGAAGCAGCCCCACUGACAGCUGGAACGGAGCAGGCGGAGGUUCCGAAAGUGCAGACUUGAGUCCCCGCAGCUGGCCCAGGUCAGAGCCCGAUUCUCCUGGCCCAGAGAAGCCGGGAAGGGCGGGGCUCAAGUCAGUUUCUACCGCUGCGAGGGCGGCAGUUCGCUUCAGGCACCUGGCGACGAGUGCGAAGACCAACGAAGCAAGCGAGAGCUCAAGCGGUCGUGAAGCACGGCUCAUUCGCCGACAUCCUUUCUUUGCCGACACUUCCAAAGACUUCCGCGAAGAGGUGGUGCAGGCGGUGAGGCCCUACAAUGUAGACGCGAUCGAGCCCGGGAUCUCCAGAAAGGCGGACUCCCUCUCUGAUGCGCUCUUCGACCCCCUGCCGGCGAUUGUGACCAACCAGGUCAUCAUGCAGCCGGGCUGUCGUGUUCCUGACGAGAGGAAAGGCAUUGUCUUGGCCAUUGGUGACCCUCAAGACCUGCAGGUUCUGUACAAUCAGACCACACUCAGCUCCGACUUGCACGACAGCUUCAUCCCAGGAGUUGCUGGCCAGGAUGUCGCGUUUCAGCUAGUGGAGCAGAGCUUAUUCCGUGUGCAGAAGCGGCCUUCGGCGGAUCUUUGCCUGCUUCGUGCGGACGACCUGGAGCGCUUGUCACAGAGGUAUGGUGAGGAUUAUCAGAAGCUGCAGCAACGUGCACGAAAGAUGACGUGCAGCCUUAUCCGGGCAUGGGCUCGAAAGUUCCAUAUGCGCUGCUAUCCCAAGCUUUUCUGCAAUGUUUCCCAGGAGUUCAUGUCCACCUUCGCGGAUUUGAUGCAAGUAAGAGUCCAUGCAGCCGGGCAAACGAUCUGUGCCGAGGGCGAUCCUGGUAAUUUCGGCUUCUACCUCCACUCAGGACGCGCGCUGGUGUGUCGGGGCAGCACUUCCAUUAUCAGAUUGUCUCGAGAGCAAGACGGUGCUUGGAAGAGUUGGUGGGGAAUGCUGGAGGUUGGUGCAACAUGUGUCGAGCAGACUUGCACUGUGGUUGCCGAGAGCGACUGCGUGGCAUGGGUGUUGCAGAUCAAAGACUCGGAGGAACUCCGCGUCAAGUUCCCGCGCGAGAGCGGCCUUUUCGAUCGAAUCUCCAUCAGGCAUCUGCAACUUCUUAGCCCGCACAUGGAUGGCAUGCAGCUUUCCAGCAUCCGGCAUCAUUCGGCUUUCAUUGAUGCCGAGAUGCUGAGCAGCAGCCCGGCAGAUGCCCUGCCACGUGAAAACAUGUGGUGCGAGGGUGCGGGCAGAGCUGAGGUGGCAGCGACCGGCCUCCUGGUUGGAUUUUGCCUCGCUGCGCUGGGAAUUUCCAAGACGCGAAAAGAGACCGUCAUGGCUGACACCGUGUGUGAUAUCCGGGCGCUUAGCCGCAAAGCACUCUUGGCUGUGCUCGAUAAAUUCCCGGAAGAGGAGGAGCGAAUGAUGGCCAUCGUGGAGGCACACAGCCAAAGCAGGAAGGCGGCCUCCCUGGCACUGGAGCAAGCCAGCGCCGGCGAGGGAGGCUUCAGUCAGGAUUUCAUUCGAAUGCUGGUGGACAACAUGUAUGAGCAGCCCUACAUGGUGAACCAGGUCAUCCUGCAGCAGGGAAUGCUAGGUACCCAUUUCGUGGUGCUGGUGCAUGGAAUUGUGGAGAUUGAAGCGAAUGGAAUGGUAGUCGCGACCGUGAGUGCUCCUGGCAUCUUCGGCGAGCGUGGCUUCCUGGUAUCCGGCAGUCGAAGUGGAGCAACGGUGAGAUGCACCACCGUGGCCGAGUGCAUGAUGCUUCCUGUCGAUGGCCCUUCCACGCCAGUGAUCCGGCAACUGUACCAGGCUGACAUCCAGAAGUUGGAGCGCAUGCUCCAGAAAAAGAUGCAGUCAACCGUUCAAACAUUGUCUCAGAAGGGUUCCAAUUUACCACAAGCUCAGCAGAACACAAGCUUCCUGAAGAAUUGUGACCCGUCCUUCCUUACACGCAUGGCGCAGCAUUUGGAGAAACAGGUGUUCAUGGCUGGACAACCUUUGCUUGAAGAGGAUGUUGACGCAGGAUUCUGCCUGCUUAUCCAACAAGGCGUGGCAUGCGUGGAGAAGGCAGGCAAGGUCGUGGCAAAGAUCGGUGCGGGAGAGUUCAUAGGUGAGCUCGUGGCGUUGGGAUUUGCCACUGCUGCUUCUCAAACCAUUCGAGCAGAAGAAAGGGUGCUGGCGUUCGCCAUAAACAACGAUGCAUUCCGGGAGCUGGUGGACGAAUUUCCGGAGGAGAAGCAGAAGCUGUUGGAGCUGGCCCGACAACGCAUACAGGCCAAUGCUGGGCGGAGGCGGAGUUCGCGAGGUUUGUUUGGUCGACCAGAUCUCCUCAAGGCGGUGAGUGUUGUUGCGGCAUUCCAGAAGAACGAGGAGCGACGAUCCUCUCGAAGUCUGACCGGCGAGGGCGCCUUGCUGCAGCCGGAAGACACUCAGCAGGUGCGACGACUUCCCGGCUACCGGAGCGGUGUCAAAUGGGUAAAGCAGCGACGUGCAGCGCUUGAGGAAGCAACGUAUGUAAAGCUGAAGAGAACCACACUCAGAAACCAACAAGCACCCGGCGACGAGUUUGAGCCGUUGAUGCCGCUGCCUCCACUCCAGGGCUAUCGACCCCCCGAGAAGGGUCCAGGAACACCUUGGUCUGCGCAGUCGCAGCGUCAGGCCAUGCCUGCAUCGGUGAUGAGGUUGCGCAAGUUCAAGAAGCUGUAUGGGAGGAACGUCUGGCUCGAGACGUGCACUCCGUGGAGCCGACCCAGCAUACCCCCGGCGUCGGGCAGCGCAACGCCAAUCGCCGGCCUUGCAACGGAGGACACGGGCAGUUCUACUGCUGCACGGCCUCGUCCUUUGGAGCUGAAUGACGACGGGAAGGAUGAGGCAGCUGUCACGAUGGAGCCUGCCGCACCAACUUCGCCGGAAGCAGCGCAAGCUUUGAGACAUAAGCUCGCCGGAACACUCGCGCCCUCUAUGUUCGAGCAGAUGCACAAGUGGUUCUCAGCCGUGCAGGGAGAUGAAGAGGGCGACCUGACGGGCGUGCCUCGCGGUGUGCCUAAGAACUACCUCGUUCUUCUGACGAAAGAAUCGCGUGUUGCCACACGGUACGGUUCGGUCAAUAGCUAUCAGGGUGCCAUUGACAAGACAGCUUGCGAGGAGCGCAGCCCAAUCGAAAAGCUGAGCCUCUUUCUGCAGCAGGCAGGCACCGGCGGCGUUGGCAUCCAUUGCAAGGGCUGUUUAUCAUCACUUGCUGUUGAGGAGGAGGAGGCUGAGGAAAGCUACAGACGAGAACGGCGACAUUCGCACCUUUGCAAGGGCUUCCAUGCGUGGAAGGUUUUCUGUUUUGGUCGAGGCACUGCAUCGAAAAGCGCUGCUGCGGCAGAUGAACCCAACAUUGUCGACCUGGACUACAGCUCUCGAGAAGGCGGGGAGGGAUGGUUGGCUUUGGACAUCGCGGACCGCGAGGGCCUCAAUUUGACAAGUUGA